AGUGUCGACUGGCUCGUGAGUCACGCUAACUACAACCGAAAGUUUCCCGAUGAUUAGCACGGAAAAUCGUGCCACAUUAAAAGCGACGAUAGCAUUGUCAAUUUUCAGCAUGACCUUAACGAAGAUUCUGAGUGCCUUCUUCAAACUGGCAUAAUUCAAUAAUGACGUUGUCUAUUGUUCUAGUUCAAGUUGUUUGGAAUUUUACGCAUUUGUUUUCUCUCGAAAGUUCUGUAGAAGCUUUAUAAAUACACAAACGUGGUAAAAAUGCCCAAAAUUCACGUACAUUUACCGCUUUCCGAUUGAACUUGUGUUGCACUGUGAUUGUGUAGUUAAAUUUUUUACUUGCCUCAAAGAAGAAGUGCACCCUAAAUUUCAGAUUCCACACCCCACGAGCGACGACGGAAAUGAAUCUGCCGAUAGGACGCACUCUGCUCCUGCUGGCCUGCGUGUCUCUGGGCCGGAGCAACUUCCUGGGGGACUGGAUCAACAAUUACACCCAGAAGAUGAUCACUGCUGCCCGAGUCAGAGUCCCGAUUCCGAGCUCCAAGGAGGGAUCUUACGCCUACUCCCAGAUCUACAACUCCGGGCUCAACAUCGACAGCACCGGGGAUGCCAGAGGGUGCACGACCAGGAUCAAGCCCGACGGCGGCUCCGAAGACACACACUACGUCAAAGCUGGACAAGACAAGACCAUCAAACUCCUCAAUCGGAUCGUCUACAUCAAGUCCCCGGCCUCGGGCGGAUGCAGUAUCGUCCAUCAGGGAGCUUGAAAGCUAACUGAAAAAGAAGUUCCGGCCGUCAAGGCCGAACUUACGGGCAAUGUUGACAUAUGUCCGCGUUCCGGGCUCAGAAGCCGAAAGUUCCGGGUGUAACACCCGCACUGCCGUGCUAAGGAAGAAUAUCGUAGGCACAAUCGAGAGUUGCCGAAUUUCCUUCGAUAAAAAGUUAAUUUUUGGGAAAAGUAUGAAUAUUUUUCUGAGAAAUUUGCAAGAACUUUCGGUGACAUUGCGAACAAAAUUAUCUGAAAAAUUGGAAGAAAACUAUUUACAAAUUUUUCCGAACAUUCGUGAUAUACCAACGGGAAUUUGGCAACGCCUGAAGGUUCAUACAGCCUUUUUCCUUAGCACGGCAGCAGAGUAGUUGAAGCUAAGGGCCCGGCACCCCGAACUAUAGGCCUCUGUGCCCGCAACGGACGUUAUGACUAUAUAGCCCCGUAACUUUUUUUACAGUGCAUGUAUAUCUUCCUUGAUCCUUACGGAUGAAUAAGGAUGAAAGUGGUCACUAGAUUUGUGAUUAUGUACGAUUAUCAGCCGGCUGAUUCUAGACAUUGAUAGACACAGCGAUAGACAAAGGAUAGACACGUAAAAUGGAGCGAUCUUGUUGAUGGUGGGUGAUUCCCAUGGACAAAGGAGUUAUGUAAUACAAAAAUACCAACUAACGGCAACCACCGGCUCCAUCUGUAGUUAGUACAUUAUUUUUCUCCUUAGUUUAUAACGACCAUCCGUUUCAGCCAAUAAGAUUUCUUCAUUUUCCCUUCGUUUUCUUUGUCAUGACAAUCAAUAAUCAGCCUCCGGUGAAUUGAAAUUCCCCGCUUCCAGAAAACCUGGAAUCAACGUAGACCAAACCGGCUAUCGAAAGUAAACCUACUGUUCGACAAAUAAUUAAUAUUUAACACGACAAUGUCUCUUCAGCGGACUGAUAUUGGAAACGGUGGACAAUGUGAUGGAUAAAGAAGACAACAUGGACAUUGACCAUUCCGGGAGGUAGGAAACAAAUGGUCUUGCUAGACUAAGGGGGGAUGAUGGACUAACUAUGGGGUAUCUUGUGGGUUGCAGAUAGUUUGUCUGUUACUUACCUCCUUCGUUCAUCGCAACCAGCCGGUUCCACAAAUAGGAUCGCUCCAUGCUAUCUUUGUCUUCUUUGUUGAUCGCUAUGUCUAUCAAUAUCAAUGAACAGCCCGUAGGGAAUUCAAAGUUCAAAUUCAAAAAACUAGUACCAAAUUUCCUCGGAAGCAUAAUAUAGUCAGGAAUCUAGCAACCGUUGACAUCCUUUUUUCCCGUGAAUGAUCGCAUGCUAAUAAUAAUAUGUGGUAAAUAAAAAUAAAUAUUACAGUA